UGCAGAGCAGUGAAUUUAUAAAUGUGAAUCAAGCUCUCCUUUGCAUCAUGUUUGGCACUAAGAGAUUAAAGAAAAAGUCCCAGUCGGUGGAUAUUAGUGGGCCAGGAUGCAACCCAGUGGCAGCUGAAGCUCCUGCUCCUCAGCCCAGUAAACCUUUGGUUGGCCCCAAAACGACUUCUGAGGAGGAACAGAAAAACACCGCCAAUACCCAAAAGCGCAAUCCACGGAGGAGUGAAUUGAAGAGAUAUUACACCAUUGACACUGGCCAGAAGAAGACGGCAGACAAGAAAGAUGGGCGACGAAUGUCUUUUCAAAAGCCUAAGGGGACGAUUGAAUAUUCUGUGGAAUCGAGAGAUACUCUAAACAGUAUUGCCCUGAAAUUUGAUACAACACCCAAUGAACUGGUUCAAUUAAAUAAGCUUUUCUCCAGAGCAGUCGUUCCUGGACAGAUUUUGUAUGUUCCUGACCCAGACUACAUAUCUAGUGUGGACAGCUCCCCCUCUCUAAGCCCUAUAAGUCCCUUAUCACCUACAUCUUCAGAAGCAGAGUUUGACAAGGCUACAAUAAAUGAUCCAGAUGGAGUCCAACGAAAAGAAUCAGUUGUUUCACCAGCACAUCCAUGUGUUCGGACUGCAAGAGUGGUAUCAUCUACCUCUGAAGAGGAGGAAGCGUUUACAGAAAAGUUCCUAAAAAUUAACUGCAAGUACAUCACCAAUGGCAAGGGUACAGUCAAUGGUGUGCUGCUAGUGACGCCAAAUAAUAUAAUGUUUGAUCCUCAUAAAAUGGACCCUCUUGUCCAAGAGAACGGCUGUGAAGAGUAUGGCAUCAUGUGUCCCAUGGAAGAAGUGAUGUCAGCUGCUUUGUAUAAGGAAAUUAUGGACAGCAAAAUUAAAGAUUCAUUAAGCAUAGAUGUGGAACAGCUGUCUGUGAGGGAACUUUGCCAUUCCAAGAAAGCUGCAAAGAGCAAUACAGAAGAAAUGAAUUCCAGGAUUCGGGAUACAGGCAAUGACAGUGCUAGCACUGCUCCAAGGAGUACAGAGGAGUCUCUGUCAGAAGAUGUGUUCACAGAAUCAGAACUCUCUCCAAUACGUGAGGAACUUGUUUCUUCAGAUGAGCUUCGACAAGACAAAUCUUCAGGAGCAUCAUCAGAAUCUGUCCAAACAGUAAACCAAACUAGUGCAGAAUGUUUAACAACCAUUUUGGACUCAAAAGAAGCUGGCAGUGACUUAAAAUCCAGUGUUGAAAUGGUUGUGAAUGUUAAACAGUUAGAUACCCACGGCGUAGGUUCAGAAGGUGCAGAGAUGUCUGUAAAGGGUGGACAAGAAUCUAGUGAAAGCAUGGAGAACACCUUUCAGCAGUCUUUGCAAGGGUCACGUGUUAGUGAAGAAUGUGACAAAGAGACACCAGUGGGCAAAGAUCAAGACUCCAUGCUAGGAAAAGAGUCAGAAUUAGAGAGUAAGAUGAGAGAGGAAUGUCCACAUUGUGAAGGUACCACAGACUCUCAAAAGUUGGAGCCAACUAGGAAGGGAAACACAGAAAAAGAGCAAGCUCAAGCCUCUGAGGCAGAAGUUGAGGAACUUCGCAAACUCUGGAAGUCCCAUACUAUGCAACAAACCAAACAACAAAGAGAAAAUAUGCAGCAGGAUUCACAAAAAGAAUUUAGUCAGAAAACUGUGACUUCAGGAGAUGGGCAAUCAGAAGGUUCUUCCCUUACGAAAGAAAAACGAAGACAUCGAUCUCACAAGUUUUUGUGUCUCAAGGUUGGAAAACCUAUGAGAAAAACAUUUGUCUCACAAGCAAGUGCAUCAAUGCAGCAGUAUGCUCAGAGGGAUAAAAAACAUGAAUACUGGUUUGCUGUUCCUCAAGAAAGGACAGAUCACCUGUAUGUCUUCUUUAUCCAAUGGAGUCCAGAGCUGUAUGCAGAAGAUACUGGGGAAUCUCUUCGAGAGCCUGGAUUUAUAGUCGUAAAAAAGAAGGAAGAACCUGAAACUAGUGAAGAAUCUGCUACUGAAGAUGCUGCUAAAGAGUGGGAGGUAGUAUCAGUGGCUGAGUAUCACCGCAGGAUCGAUGCUCUAAAUAGUGAAGAACUGCGCACACUCUGCAGACGACUCCAGAUAACAACAAGAGAAGAUAUCAAUUCAAAACAGGCAACAAACAUCAAAACAGACCUGGAGCCUGAGGCAUUCCGGCCAAAUCUUAGUGAUCCCAGUGAAUUACUUCAGCCAGAGCAAAUAGAAAAGCUCACAAAGUCUCUUCCACCACGUACCAUUGGAUAUCCAUGGACUCUUGCUUACAGUACUGCAAAGCAUGGCAUGAGUUUGAAGACUCUGUAUCGAACUAUGCUGGGAUUAGAUACACCUGUGUUGUUGGUUAUCAAGGACAGUGAUGGACAGAUUUUUGGUGCACUAGCAUCUGAACCAUUUAAAGUGAGUGAUGGAUUUUAUGGCACUGGGGAGACCUUUCUGUUCACUUUUUCUCCAGAUUUUGAGGUUUUCAAAUGGACAGGAGACAACAUGUUCUUCAUUAAAGGCGACAUGGAUUCCCUUGCUUUUGGUGGAGGAGGUGGGGAAUUUGCUCUUUGGCUCGAUGGGGAUCUCUACCAUGGAAGAAGUCAUUCAUGCAAAACAUUUGGGAAUCAUACACUUUCUAAGAGAGAAGACUUCAUUAUUCAAGACAUAGAAAUUUGGGCUUUUGAAUGAGUUGUAAAUGAGUACUAUUUUUACAGGGUAUUGUCCCAAACCUGAAAUUAAUCAAUGCAGCUUGAAAUCCCUAUGAGCAAUAUAAUGCAUCAGUUUACCUUUCUUUUUUUUGUAGUUUUCAGCAUGGCCAUUUAGUUAUUUUGCAAUAGCGGACCUCUUUCAUGCUUCUUUAUCUGUAAUGCACUGUCUUACGUUUUCUAAGCUGUAGAAACUCAAAAACAAACAAACAAACAAAAAAAACAGACUGUGGACUGAAAAAAGAACAUCAGUUACUUUGAUCCUUGCAGUCUAUAAAACUUUAUCAUCCUUUUUACAGUUGCCUCCCAUGUUUCCCACACACAUCUUUCUGUAAAUCCUACUGGGGGCUGCUUCAUUGAAUAUAGGUUAUUUUUGUAUGUAAAUUUUUUCUGAGAAUGAAGUUGCCCUCUAUGAUCCUACGUAAGUAGAAAGCUGCGUGUAGGUACUUGGAAGUAGUACUGCAGUGAUUGGUCUGGACCAACAAUGGGUAUAUUGUUAUGGUGCCACAGAUGAGAAGCCUAGCAUUCCUUCUUUGACACACGCUAGUUACACUUAUGGUUGAGUUAAAAGAUAUCCAAAGUCAGCAGUGCCACUUGUCUUGAUUUUUUUUUUUUUUUUUUUUUCAUGUUAAGAAAGUGAGUUAAACAAUGUGCUCUAGCUUGCAUGAUGGCUGUAUUAGUUGUUUUGCACAUGCUUUUAGUGAUCUACAGGUUUGGGACAAUAACUGACAAUAUUGAGCUACAUGGCAAAGACUUUAAAAAAUAAUAAUAAUAACAAGGGAAUGCAAGAAUGUAAUAGUUCCAGGAAACUAAAAGGCUAAGGCAAGUAAAACUCAAGACAAUUUGUAGCUAUUGUAGGGCAUUAAAAGUACAAAGAUUAUGAAACAAAUGCAUCUUUCAACAUAGUGUCAGAUAUAUACUGUUAUACUCUUGUAGCCGUGUAGCACAUCAACUCCAAGAAUAUAGCUUAUUCCUGUCCAAAGAAAAAAUAAUUGUGAUGUUUUUUUGAGUGGGUCUAUGUUGUAAAUUUACAGUUAGCACCAGCUCUGAUUAAAAUGAGACAAUGUACUAUAAGUAGACAAUAUUGUAAUUCAGUAGACUUGUGGAAUAUGCAAACUUACUGUCAUGUGACCUCAAAAAAUGACAGACUAGUACACAGUUCCAGUAGCUCUUGUCCACUUUUGUAGGAAAGUUGAUAAGCCAUUGUGGCAAUAACAGCUCAACAAAAUUGUUUGUUUCAAAGCUUUUAAUCUAUGUUCUGCAAAAAAGAAAAAAAAAGAAAAAAAUUGCUGUUAAGUGUGACAGUGACUGACUUUGUGCUGAAAUUUCAGCUAUUUCAGAUAAACAUUGUAUAUUAUCUUGUAAAUUAAUGUUUAAAGUAGUUUUGUUAUUAUAGAAAAGUGUUGAUUGACGGGUUGCUUAUAGCACUUUAAAUUAUUCUAGAAAUGGAAUAAAGGCCAAAUGAGUUGGCUUAAGUAGAUGUAGUUGUAUAUUUCAAAAUAUUUAGAUAUUGGAAAGUUUUAAAAACUUAUUUGAAGACAGUUUACUGCUAUGGUAAUGAGAAAGGGCAGAUGGUUCAUCUUAUAAUAUGCUAAUGCUCUAUAUGAAUAGAAAUACAGGGCUUUGUUUCCUGUCUCUGUGUAUAGCUCUUUAUCCUUAUUAGAACUUAGUAUACAAUGUGUAGACUAAAUGUUUACAAAAUAAGAAAGUGUAAAUAAACUAAAAUGGCUUUUCUCCCUUUGGUCUUCCACAGCAGUAUUAUUGUCUUUGUGGAGUUAAGACUGAUUAUUGCAAAAAGAGAAUCCUGUAACGGAUUUUAAAUACUCUAAGGUCACAGUGAUGUAUAGCAAAUAAAUCUAAAUAUAUGUAAAAAUAAA